AUGAAUAAGAAAAGACACUUUCUGGAGCCUCCAGAGGUCAAAGACUACCUGGUCAAAGGAGAAAGAUUCACCAAGUGGUCAGAGGACUCCACAAAGACUGCUCCCAUCACCAUGAAGAUGGAUCCGAAAGGUUUUUACAUCUACUGGAUCAACCAAAGCAAGGAGACAACGUUCCUGGAUGUUGCUAGUGUCAGAGAUACCAGAACAGGAAAAUAUGCAAAACUUCCCAAACACCCCAAGGUGCGCAACGUGUUUAACCUGGACUUCCCAGACAGCAACCAUCUUGCCAAAACUCUGACCAUCGUCUCAGGUCUCGACACAGUGAAUCUGACCUAUCAUAACUUCUUUGCCUCUAAGGAGAAAGUGACACAGAACUGGGCAAACGACAUUCUUGCAAUCGCCUACAACGCUGCAAGGAGCAAUGCGUGCAGACACGUCUUCCUGGAGAAAAUAUACGUCCGCAUUUCACUUCACACCAACAAGGACGGCAAGAUCCCAGUGAAAUAUAUUUACAAGAUGUUCCCUGCGGAUAAGAAGAGAGUGGAAAGUGCCUUAGCAUCAGCACAUCUCCCUAAAGGAAAGCAUGACACCAUGAAGCCUGACGUCUUUACUGAGUCUGCCUUCAAGGCCUUUCUGACAAACCUCUGCCCUCGGCCUGAGAUCUAUGAGAUCUUCACUUGUUACUCCAACAAACCCACCAUGACGAAGGAGAAUUUCACCAAGUUCCUCAACGAGAAACAGAGGGACUCUCGGCGCAAUGAGGAGCUGUUUCCACGUCUGCGGCAGGACCAGGUCAAGGCUCUGAUGGACAAAUAUGAACCCUGCUCCUCUAAUUCAAACAGAAGUCUGAUUUCUCCAGAGGGUCUCUUAUUCUUCCUGAUGGGGCCGGAGACAUCCGUUGUCAUGCAGGACAUGUUGGCCAAGUGUCAGGACAUGACCCAACCCAUACCCCACUACUUCAUCAAGUCCUCCCACAACACAUACCUGACAGCCGGUCAGUUCUCUGGCGUAUCCUCUCCAGAGAUGUACCGUCAGUGUCUGCUGUCCGGCUGCCGCUGUCUGGAGCUGGACUGCUGGAAGGGCAAACCUCCAGAUGAAGAGCCCAUCAUUACCCACGGCUUCACCAUGACAACUGAGAUCCUCUUCAAGGAUGUGAUUGAGGCCAUCGCUGAGAGCGCCUUUAAGACCUCACAGUAUCCUGUUAUCCUCUCAUUCGAGAACCACGUUGACUCGGUGAAACAGCAGGAGAAAAUGGCCAACUACUGCAAAACCAUAUUUGGUGAUGCCCUGCUAACAGAACCGCUGGACAAAUACCCUCUGAAGCCGGGCCAGCAGAUCCCCAGCCCAUCUGAGCUCAUGGGUAAGAUCCUCAUCAAGAACAAGAAGGGCAGCCAUGAAAAGCCAUCCCAGGCUAAGAAAACCAGCACGGCAGCCACUGAGCAGACCACAACCACAGCUUUACCCACCCAGGACCCAAACACCACUUCCCAGGAUCCUGCUAACGCAGUACCCAGCACCCAGGAGAACCAAGAAGGGGACGCAGUUGUGGAGGACACCGAGGAGCAAGAGGAGACAGAGGAACAAGAUGAGGAAAAAAUGAAGACAUCAGAUGAGGGCACAGCUGGACAAGAAGUCACAGCUUAUGAGGCAAUGUCAUCCCUGGUCAACUACAUCCAGCCCACCAAAUUUGUGUCUUUUGACAAUGCCAGAAAAAAAAACAAGAGUUAUGUCAUCUCAUCUUUUGUGGAGACCAGAGGAGAAGCAAUGAUUUCCAAGACUGCUGUCGAAUUUGUCGAAUACAAUAAGAGGCAGAUGAGCAGGAUUUACCCCAAAGGAACAAGAAUGGACUCAUCCAAUUACAGCCCCCAGCCUUUUUGGAAUGUAGGCUGCCAGAUGGUGGCACUCAACUACCAGACAAUGGAUUUCCCCAUGCAGCUGAACAUGGCUCUGUUUGAAUUCAAUGGCAGAACGGGCUACCUUCUCAAGCAUGAUGUUCUGCGUCGCAAUGACAAGAAAUUCGACCCUUUCUGUGACAGGAUUGACACGGUUGUGGCAAGCACACUGACCAUAAAGAUCUAUUCGGGCCAAUUUCUGUCUGACAAGAACGUAAAAACAGGAGUCGAGGUGGAGGUGAUUGGGUUGCCAGGCGACCCCAAGAAGAAAUAUCGCACCAAGUGGUCCACCACACCCAAUGCCAUCAACCCAGUGUGGAAUGAGGAGCCUUUUGUUUUUGAGAAGAUCCUGCUCCCUGAAAUGGCCUCUCUAAGAAUUGUAGUCCAUGAGGAGAACGGUAAAUUCUUGGGACACAGGAUCAUCCCACUUGAUGCCAUCCAAUCAGGUUUCCAUCACAUCUGCCUGCGCAGUGAGAGCAACAUGCCGCUCACUCUGCCUGCUCUCUUUGUGUACAUCGAGGUCAAGGACUACAUUCCUGCUGCCUUUGCAGAUUUUACAGAUGCCUUAUUUAACCCAACAAAGGGAACAGAGAAGACCACAAAGGCCACAAAGGAGUCACCCUCUGACUACAUUUCUCCCUAUGAGUUGCCUCUUGUGGGCCAAACCCCCACGGACAAAGCUAAGGAAAGUGAGGCCCCUGGUGCAGAAAAGGCCACAUCUGAACCUACACCACUGGUUGAUGCCAAUGACCAAUCACCCCAGUCUAAGCCAGAGGCAAGUGCAGAAGAAGCUAAAGAAGAGGCUGAGAACAACUCAGACACACCACCACCUGCAGCAGAACCUCCUCAAACUCCUGACAACACUCCUGCUGAAGAUCCAGCCACGGACGCAGGAAGUGCCACCGCUGAAACCCUUCCUGAAGCCUCUGUUUCCCCUGAGGAGGCAGCCCCUGAGGAGGAAGCAGUUCCAGAGCCACAGGCAGCUCCUGAAACCAAAGAGGAGCCCAUGAACGACUCCAGUACAAACCCUAUGCCUGCUUCAGAUAACACACCAGGCACAGAAGCUUCCAGCGCUGUUGAAGAGCCUGCUGCUGAAGAGCCUGCUGCUGAAGAACCUGCUGCUGAAGAGCCUGCUGCUGAAGAGCCUGCUGUUGAAGAGCCUGCUGUUGAAGAGCCUGCUGCUGAAGAACCUGCUGCUGAAGAACCUGCUGCUGAAGAACCUGCUGCUGAAGAGCCUGCUGCUGUGGCCUUGUCCUGUCCAGCAAGCGCAUUGCCCGAGUCCACAGGAUCGGGUGACUCAUCUCAGCUGCCGACAUGCAGUGAAGAGCCUUCGACUGUGACUACCGAAGAACUGACACAGCACAAGAACUAUCUGAAGGUCACCAAGCGUCAGGAGAAAGACAUGAAAGAGGCAGAAAAGAAGAAUCAGAAAAAAGGAGAGGAUCUGAUUCAGAAAUACUCUGAUUCCUUCAAGUCCAUCAAAAAGAAGACCUCUGUGAAGAAAAAAGAGGGAGGGGGAAACACCUCUGAUUCCAGCGUGAUGAUGGAGCAGGUGCAGGAGCAGAAAGAAAAAAUGCAGGUUGAGCUGCAAGCUAUGUGGACGGAGCAGUGUGAUCAGCUGAAGAAGAAGAAAGAGCAGUGUGCUACAGAAAGACUGGCCAAACUGUUGGAGAUGGCCACAGAGAGACACACCAUUGAACUGAAGACCCUGGAGAGUGAAACCAAAGAGAAUAAGAAGAAAACACUCUCAAAAUGUUCAUCCUCAGAGAAAGCGAAGUUGAAAAGGGCAAUGAGCAUAGAGCUGUUGGAUGAGCCUCGUCAGUCUGAUGAUGCAUCUUCAGAUUACAGCCCACAGCAAGUGGCUCUGAUGAUGAAACAGGCUGCUACACUGGAGGAAAUCAAGACCCUGACUAAUCAGCUCAAUCAGGAGGCCCUAAAGGAGCACGAUCAGAAAUUGAGGUCUCUGCCAGCAGAGGUGAAGGAUACUGUCAAUGUGUGUGUGGGGGCCCACUUUCCUGAACUGGUCAACCAGGCUGGAGACAAGAAAGUGGAAGGAGUGGGCUUCUAUGGCGAUGUCUUCCUGGGUUAGAGUUGCCUUUUGAUCUGUGACCCUUUACUGUAACCCUCUUCUCACUUUUUAGAAACGUUUUUUAGAUCUUCUUUUAACCUGUUACAUAACCUUCAGUCUGAGCAUAACUGGAAUAGAAAAAGAUCCAAUUAGCUCUUAGUGAAAUUUCCAUUUAGAACUGCUAUUCAUAGAGAGAGCUCUUUUGGUAGUGAUUAUGCAAAAAUUAUGUUUUUGUGGAUGAAUUGGAAAUGAUUUUAAUUUUCUUUUAACUUUUUAUUUCUGUUGCUUUUCACCAACCAAAAAUACCCUAAUACAGCGACAAAUAUAUUCCAGAUGAAAGCCCAUCAAUAAAAGCUUCAGUUCACAGUCUCCUUUCUGUUCUCUUAAUCAGUUCAAAAAUAGGAAUUAAUGUAGCAAGAAAAAUGGGAUAUCAGAGUCUGCAGGCUGAAUCGAGACAAUGAGUCCAUCUGCAACACUUCAGCACAUUGUGUGUAAUACUCCAUGAAGCAACAGCAGAGCAUUCACUGUGAGAUGCAGGUGUGCUGGAGUUGUAAAGAAGGUUUUGCAGAAAAAAGCUACAUUUACUCUUUGGGACGAAGAUCAUGUGAAGCCAUAACGAUGGAAAUACACAAAAGGCAGCACAUCAAU